AUGCUUCGCGCCUUAGCCGUCCACGAGAGGUUCUCCUCUUCUGCCCCCUUUGGAGAUUUUAGUUUUCGCUCUUUGAUGUUGCGAUGUGGCUUGCGCGUGUUUGUUCUGGGGCUGUCAGCCGGCUCCGGGGAUGGGUGUGGAGUUGCUACCCUCCCGCCCUUGCCUGAGAAUUGACGAUCUUUCUUUUCCGGCGACGAGGGUUCGAAUUGCUUGUCACGGGUAGAAGUUUCCCCAGUUCUUAAUUUCUCUGAUCCAUGUGAGGCUGAUAGUUCUGGUGAGGGGCGCCGAUCUGAGUGGAAAAUGUACGGGCAUUGAUGAGGUAGUUUGCUCGGUUUUGCGAACAUUUUGCACGCUCGACUUCUGGCGUUGGUUCAAGAAUCUCUGCUCGAAAUCAUUAUUUUUGGCGUAAAUUUCCUGACAUACGGUUCCCUUCAUUUCAUUUUGAAGCACUGUUGAUGACGAUUUCUUCGCAGGUUGUCAGCGUUCAGAAGGUCUAGAAGAUCUGGGUACAGCAGCCAGAAGGCCAACUAUUCACCAUUGAGGAAUCAUGGGUCACUCGCUAGGGUUGGACUUCCUGCCUCCCUAGGCCGACUGCUUUCGUGUUACAAGGUGUUUGGAAGAUGGAAUGCUUCAUUCACCAUGAACAGAGCGAGGGAGUGCUUACACCACUGCAAGACCGCGAGAUACUUCUCUAUCGUUUCGGCAAAGGGUUUGACUACCCAUCACGCCCAAUAUGCAUGGAAGCAGUUUUCGCUCAGCGGGUCUGCUUUCCCGAGGAUAAACAGGAUAGCAUUUGCAGUAAGUUUUGGCCUUUCGAGAUCUCCUGUCGUCCCCGGGGUUUUAGCUCUGAUUGUUGGACAGGCGGCCUGGACACAGAAGGCCUGGGCAGAUGGGGAAUACUACCCGACGAGGAAUAAUCUAUAUGCCAUGGCGCAAGACAGUCAUCUCUACUUCACGUCCUUCUUCUAUUCGCUUAUAGAGGGCGUCAUCCUGUUCUUGAGAGUGAUCUAUUUGGCAAUACUUUUCUCCCCCGCGCUUAGCAUGGCUCCAUUUGCUGAUAGUUUUGGCGCCCAGUUUAGAAGAAGAUGGCUCCACGUUGUCCAUUCCACCCUGGAGAAAGCAGGUCCGGCGUUCAUCAAAUGGGGUCAGUGGGCAGCGACGAGGCCUGAUCUCUUCCCAAGCGACCUUUGCUCUGAGCUGACGAAGCUCCACAUGAAGGCGCCAGCGCACAGCUUUUCCCAUACGAAAAAGACCGUGGAGAAGGCCUUUCACCGUAAGCUCUCAGAGAUUUUUGCAGACUUUGAGGAGGUCCCUGUCGCAUCUGGAAGCAUUGCCCAAAUACAUCGCGCUUCCUUAAAAUACAGGUACCGCGGGAAGGAAAAUAAGCCAGUUCUAGUUGCGGUGAAAGUCAGGCAUCCUGGUGUGGGUGAGGCGAUCAGGAGGGAUUUUGUGAUCGUCAACCUUGUGGCUAAAAUUUCCAAGUUUGUUCCUGCCCUGAAUUGGUUGAGGCUCGACGAGAGUGUGCAGCAGUUCGCGGUUUACAUGAUGUCUCAGGUGGAUCUUGCGAGAGAGGCCGCUCAGCUGAGCCGUUUUAUCUACAAUUUCCGGAGUUGGAAGGACGUGUCUUUUCCGAGGCCUCUUUAUCCGCUUGUGCAUCCUGCUGUUUUGGUGGAGACGUAUGAGAAGGGAGAAUGUGUGUCUCACUAUGUCGAUCAGCUUGAAGGAAAUAAUCGAAUUAAAAGUGCUCUGGCGCACAUUGGGACUCAUGCACUCCUCAAGAUGCUCCUGGUACAUGUUUGCUUUAAUUUUUAUGAUAAUAUUUAUUUAAAUUAUUCUAACUUUUCUUAAUCAUGUUGCCCAACAACGGUAUUUUGCAGAAGAUUAUGUAUGCAGUAUCUUUCAAUGCUUACUUUUCCUCCGCUAGGCAUUGCUUUUCAAAUUUUUUCAGCCUUUCUUUUUUUAUAAGUUAUCAUCUUUGUUUGUGGGUAGUUUAUGAACAGUAAUCUGUCGCAGAUGAGUUGCAUCUUUGGGAAUGAUUCUAUUUUUGGUUUCAAAAUUUUUCAGGUGGACAACUUCAUUCAUGCGGAUAUGCACCCGGGAAAUAUUCUUGUUCGCGUAUCUCACCCCAAGGCUCCAAGGAAAAACAUCUUCAAAUCUCGGCCGCAUAUAGUGUUCCUUGAUGUAGGCAUGACUGCUGAGCUUUCCAAAAGUGAUCGUCUUAAUUUGCUUGAAUUCUUCAAAGCUGUUGCCAUUCGUGAUGGCCGUACUGCCGCAGCGUGCACGCUAAAACUUUCUAAACAUCAGCACUGCCCAAAUCCGAAAGCUUUUACUGAGGUAAUGUACUAGAUUCUAAGUGCACCAAUUGGAGGACAUGAGUUUUAUUCUUGUCAAGUGUGAAAUUUAGUUUCUGUAUGUUCAAUUGAAUGCGAACAAACAGUGAGAAUCAGUCGGGUUGACUUUAUGCAAAACUAAAAAAAAAUCCUUCCUUCUAAUACGGUGAUCCUCAAUAUGUACGCGGGUUGAGUUUCUACUAGACUGCAUCUUCUUCCUUUCCAUGGAGAAGUAUUGAGUGGACAAGAAAAGUUAUUCAUACCUUUAGUGUAAAAGCUACUACUCUUUAGAAUACCUUUCAUGUCAUAGUAACUGCAUUUAUAAUCCCUAGAAUCAUAAAGGGUUUUCCCGUAUUUAUCGAAGAUGUACACGUGAUUAUCCAAGAUAAUCCCAUUUCCUAUUCCCUUUUUUAGAUUUUCUUCUCCGGGGUCGUCGUCACUUCAAGAGGAUUUUGGUUAUCCCUGGUCACUGGGAUACUUUGUCAUUGGGGGGAUAGGAUGCCUCGUGAUACAGCCUCCCACAUUGGGCUCGGAAAGAUUGUUGCCAAGGUCUUAAGAUGGGUUCAAGCGGGGUUUGAGAAGGAUUAUUAACUAUUGUUAGACAUUUUAGAUUCACCAUGGAUGUAGAAUCCGGGUCUUUGCAUACCCCUUCUUGUGGCAAGAUUAUUCUUACAGAUUGACCCUUGUGAACUUCUUUAGAUGAUUCUCCACUAGAUUUCACACCGUGGUCUCUUUCUCCUCCAUCGUUUUGAACUGUACAUACUCCAACUGUGAUACGAUCAGUGUGUGCCGGUAACAUUGAGAAAGUGGUCGAUGGGGGAGGGUUUAUAAUGAAACGUACUCAGUCCGGUGGGAAGAUUGAGAUCAUUUAGAAGAAUUUAAUUUUUGGAUAUUUAUUUAUUUCAUGGGUAUCAUCUCUGUGGUGAUGAGGUUUAUCCGCUAAGGGGCAUCUGAGUCGCACUUUUGUGGCUAAUAAAAACUGAGGAUCAUUAUUUUACAUUGUUUUUGUAGGCAUUGUAGUUGCCAUUGUCAUUGGGGUACUUCAUCAGCACACUUCCUUUCUUUAUUUAUUAGUGCAAGUUUUAUGGAAAAUGUAACUGAAUACGAAUAGAAAUCGUGAUUGAGUGGACGUACUUUUCGGAUUUAUAUCUGCAAUUGGACUGAUCCAUGAUUUUAGUGGCAAGAUUAGCCAUCCAAAGCAUGCUUUGGUAUGAGAAAAUUGAGCAUGGCGUUUGACUCUGUGUUUCCCAGCUCUCUCUUACAGGGUGGGGAUCCGUAUAGCCUGCCAUAUAGCCUGUCAUAUAGCCUGCUUGCCCUCCUCAGUCUCCUUUCACCAUCAUAUACAAAAUACCCUAGGACUUCCUCGUGCUAAUCACCUAAUGAAUGCAACAAAUUAAUUGGUGGGUCAGGUUGAAAACCCGAUCGAUGCGGAGCCAAAAUUAUUCUGAAGCAAGAGGCUACCGUUAUCUCGGGAAUCCUCAUGACAUGGAUGUGGGUUUAUUCCUAUGGCCUUUUGAUCUCUGGGUUACUGGACAGUGAAAGAACCCAUUUAGUGAAAGAGGUGGGCUCCACAUGGUGACUGAGUGUUUCCAUCUCAGACCCUUGGAUGAGAUCUAUACUUGCUGUCCCUCAUCUGCUGAAAUCUUUCAUCAAAUUCUAUUAUUCUUCUUAUUUGGGCUAACCCGGAUCUUUGGAGCCACAGCCAAUGUCAAGCACAAUUUCCUAUUAUGGAAGUGCUCACUGUUUUCACUAUCUCCCCUAUUUGUGAUCCCUCUCGUGUAGGGUUGGUGGUCUUCUUCCUCCAAUUUUAUGUCGAUGAAAACUGCCUCUCAUUGAUCUUGGGUCUUCUUCCCACUGACAGGAGCUGGAGAAGACCUUUUCUUUCUGGGGCACUCCCGAGGGAGACGUGUACCAUCCGGCCGAGUGCAUGCAUCAACUGCUGGAGCAGGUCCGCCGGCAUAAAGUCAACAUUGAUGGCAAUAUUUGCACCGUGAUGGUGACCAUCCUGGUCCUUGAGGUAAUCUCUCCCUCCCUUCUACCAAAGGAAUGCACUUCUAUUCCUACCCAGAUGACCAUUCUUGUUUAAAUGCGCCUUACAUCUUCUGGAUUCAUGCUAAUAAUACAUACAUACAUACAUACGCACACAUACGCACAUUUAUAUAUGUAGAUUUAUAGGCCACCAUUUUACGUGAUGCUGAUAAGUGGGUGAUCUGGUAUUCCUCACAAACUGUUCCCAUUCAUUAUAGCAACAUUAUUCGUUUUUUGAACUUAAAAAGUUAUAUCUGAUUAUUUUUUCAUUCUUGUGUUGUGGGUAAAUGCCUGGGUUCUGCCAGAUUCAUGCUGAUAUACUCUCUCAUACACAGACAUAUAUCCUGACAUUUUAUGGGAUUUUGUGGCAAAAUAGGCUGGCAUUCGGCAGCCUCACGGAGAGACUGUUUCCAUUCAUUUAUAGGACGUAAUUCGUAUGCUUUAUAACUUAAAAGGUGUAUUUUUUAUUGUUUUUAUCCUCUUAUUUGUUGCUAAAUGCCUCAAGUUCUGCAAGAUUCAUGCGAACACAAUCAUUAUAUAUAUAUAUAUAUAUAUCAUUUAUAUCUGUUAAUCCUCGCCAAAACUUUCUCCGCUCGUUUAUAAGAACAUCAUAUUCCUAUAUAUUUUCUUUAAGAUAAAAAAGGGUACAUCUUUUUUUUUCUUUUUAAUAACAAAAAUUCAUUGAAAUUCUAUAACCCUCAAGCCCCCCCCCUCCCGAACACUGCAUUCCGCCCUUGUCUUGUGCAGAUCCCCAACAUGGCUCUCCAGUCUAUGCCGCCUUCCUUUUUUUUGGCUAAUAGAAAUGCAGCACCCGCCUUUUAUUGAAUAAUCACGCUUUUAUUUAUUAAAUAUAUUUUCAGGGCUGGCAGAGGAAGCUGGACCCAGAGUACAACGUGAUGCAGACGCUGCAGACUCUCCUGUUCAAGGCCGACUGGGCCAAGUCCCUCUCCUACACAAUCGAAGGCCUCAUGGCGCCCUGA